CUUUCCAAAACAAAACAUUCUUUUUUAUUAAAAAUUACAAGGCAGCAGAGCAGUACUCUUUCUUUCCUUGCCCUGUUUUUGACGUGAGGAUGGAGAACGGGGUUGAUCUUCAACAAACUCCAACAGAUGACCAUCCGCCGCAGCUACAAGAGCUGCCCUUCUCUCUCCCACCGUACCCUCAAAUGAUCAUGGACGCGAUCGAAGCGACGAACGGAUGCAACAAAACGGCGAUCGUAAAGCACAUCGACUCAACUCAGAUCACUUUGCCACCGUCCCACCUGACGCUUCUCAACUACCAUCUCAACUGGAUGAAACAGUCUGGGCAGAUCGUGAUUGUGAAAAACAAUUACAUGAAGCCAAAUCCAAAUGCUCCUCCUAACCGUGGCCGUGGCCGUCCUCCUAAACCGAAACCCGAGGGAGAUUCAAGCCACGUGGCGGUGGUCCCAGCUCCCACACCAAGGCCUAGAGGUCGUCCUUCUAAGUCGAAGGAUUCUUAGUCGGAGCUGGACUUGACUGAGGAGAAAACAAAGGCCCCACGACCACCGAAGAAGCAGAAGACCGAUUCAGAGACGGUUAAAGAUGCGGCGACGGGUGAAGCUAAUAACGGUGAGCGUCGAGGGCGUGGAAGGCCAUAACAUGUGAUGGUCCCUGCUGGUUGUCAGAGUUACUCUCCAGCUUACGUUUUGAUUAGAAACUUUUUGUGUUAUUUUAAGUGCUAAUUACUUGGAAUGACUCUAAUCAUGUUACUAAAUACUAGAAUGACUCUUAUAAUUCCCUUUUGUAAAUACUAGAAUAAAUGGCAACACAUACAAAAUUACUAAAA